GAACGUCGUGCGCGUCACCGGGUGGCCAAACAGGACAGCCGGCCGGCCGGCCGGCGUACCCGGCGCCCGAACUCGCACGAAGCAUUUCCUUCGGAGUAGCGCAAAUCGGCGCAGAACGUCGUUGGCUCUCGUUGAGUGCAAACGCGCGCUUGUUAAUUGGGUAGUAAAUUGGAAGAGAGAAAGUAACAAGGAGAAAAAUGGCAGAGGACAAGAACGAGACAAGCCCGAACGCUGAGGGUGAAAACCCGCAACAGGAGGCAACACCGCCCGCAAAGCAGGAAAAAGAAGAACCUAAGGAAACGAAGGAGGAAGAGAAAAAGGCCGAGGAGAAUGGCGAGGGUGAAAAGGCGAGAGAGAACGGCGAGGAAAAGCCGACGCCAGAGCCGAAGGAUAUGCGAGCCAUCGUGCUCAACGGUUUCGGGGGACUCAAAAGUGUGAAAGCUCUGAGAAAGCCCGAACCCACCCUUGGCGAAGGAGAAGUUCUCAUACGCGUCAAGGCAUGUGGUCUAAACUUUCAAGAUUUAAUGGCACGCCAAGGUGCGAUCGAUUCACCCCCAAAAACACCCUUCAUUAUGGGAUCAGAGUGUGCUGGAGAUAUCGAGCAAGUUGGCGAAGGAGUUGAGAAUUUUAAAGUGGGUGACAGAGUCGUUGCAUUACCUGAUCAUAAAGCAUGGGCUGAAUUAGUAGCCGUCCCGGCGACGUCUGUUUUUGCAUUGCCACCUGGCAUGAGUUACUUGGAUGCGGCUGCUACUACUAUGAAUUACACCGUAGCGUACAUCUUACUUUUCGAACUGGCCAAUCUAACGCCUGGAAAGUCGCUUUUGCUGCACAGUGCCGGUGGUGGCGUUGGUCAAGCUGUGGUCCAACUUGCUAAGACUGUGAAAGAUGUAACCAUUUUUGGUGUCUGCAGCAAGUCAAAGCACGAGGCUCUUAAAUCAUCUGGCACUAUAGAUUAUUUGCUGGAAAGAGGCACAGAUUAUAGUAACGAAGUCAGAAAAAUUUCAUCCGAAGGCGUAGAUAUAGUCUUGGAUUGUUUAUGCGGCGAGGAAUGUAACAAGGGAUAUGCUCUCUUGAAACCUAUGGGAAAAUAUAUUCUGUAUGGUUCUAGUAACGUCGUAACCGGCGAAACAAAAAGCUUUUUCUCGGCGGCACGAUCGUGGUGGCAGGUAGACAAAGUUUCUCCCAUAAAGUUAUUCGACGAGAACAAAACGUUGUCCGGCUUGAAUCUUCGUCAUUUAAUGUAUCAACAUGGUGGCCAUGCGUAUGUCCGUCGAGCUGUUAAUCAAGUAUUCUCAUUGUGGAGUGAGGGUAAAAUAAAGCCUGUGAUGGAUUCAACAUGGGCUCUUGAGGAUGUGCCCGAAGCAAUGCAGAAGAUGCACGAUCGAAAGAAUAUAGGAAAAAUUGUACUCGAUCCGAGCUUGGAACCGAAACCAAAACCAGCUACGCCAGCGAAAGGAAAAGCAAAAGAUAAGAAGGCUACCAAUCAAGAAGAGAAGAAAGCAUCGAGUGUGGAAUCUGAGGAAGGUGAAAAGAAAAAAGAGCCUGAAUUGACAAACGGAACAUCUGAGGAUAAGUCUGAUAGUGACUCGAAGGAAAAAGAAUCAAGCUGAAUUGUCGGCUCUAGCUAAUCAUAAUAAAAAAAAGGAAAAAAAAAGAAAAAAAAGGGAAAAAAAAGAAAAAAAAUUGUCAUUUAUGAGAAGCAAGAACUUUCACCGAUGUAUCAAGAAACCCAUAUUGUUACUGUCUGACGAAAAAAAAAGAAAAAAAUAAUUUAAUUCGACUUCUAUAUUACUUGCAUGCAGUUUGAUGAAACGAUAUAACGUAAUCGGAGGUCAUGAUUCUCGAACUCAAGACUUAGGAACAAAAGAGUAAGUUUUCUCGAUUAAAGAAAAGGAUCGAUAGUAGAUGUAAGUUGUUAACGAAUCGUCGGACAUUAUCAAUUUUCAUUAUAAUAAUUUAGAUAAGUUAUUUUUAAUAAGUUACGUUCGAAGUGACGGAUAUGAAAUUAUUUACAUUAUUUUUUAUUUUUUAUAUUUUUUCUUUUUUCUUUUUUCCUUCUUUUUCUUUCUCUUUUUUUUUAAGAAAAAAAAAAAAACUGCUUAAUAUAUCUGUUUUAUUAAACAUUGAAAGUUCAUAAGGCUAAUAAUUGAUACAGAAACGUCAACAAUCACCUAAUUAUAUUGGAAAAAAGUAUAAAAUGGGAACAACAAAAAUAGAAAUAUCAUUUUGACGCGGUCCACUAAUAGUUUACAAUCGCUAGAUAUAUUUAUCUUUAUCCUUUAACACUGGCCGAACAGUUUAGUUCGUACAGCACAAAGUAGCCAUUAGUUACUCGUUAAGAGAAAGGUUUGAUAACCUGAAUCAUCUCUGUGAUUAUUUUAGUAUGUUCGUGUAAUGUAUUUUAUGCGUACUUACCAAAAUACUCCAGGUCUCUCAUAAUUAUAAAAAUGGAAUUCAUUAGAAACAUAAAUAUUCUAAUCUUAUUUCUAUUAUUGACUGUCCAAAUGAAAUAAUAUAGUAGUCAGUUUUUGUAUUUUAUAUCGUUUUUAUAUUCUGAUUUUACAUGUUUUUCUAUGUAUAAUUUUAAUUUAAUGGGAUAUGUUUAUUUAUUCUGGUUUGUUGAGAGACCUAUAUAAAGUUACAUUGAAGAAAAAAUAGUAACACGGAGUUAGUUACAUUAUAUAUUCAUGCCAAUUUUAUCGCUCUAAUUUUAUUAUAUUGACCAUGGUAUUGUAAAGAAGGAAACAAACAAAAAGAAACUUAUUUAUCUUUUAUUAUGUCUUAUUAUCUACUUGAUUAUUUAUUGAUAAAGGAAAGUGCACAACUAUCUGAAUAUGUGUAAACAAAAGAUUAUUAAAUUUUGAUAAUGUCUCGAAAUCUUUGAAAUAUAUCUGCUGGUGCAACCAAAUAUCAAAUUGACUGCUACUGGAGAGUUAAAAAAAGGAAAUGAAAAAAAAGAAAACGAGAAGUCACAUAAAUCAUUUUUCAAAGAAAUUGUGGUAACUCUUGCAACGAUUUUUCAACGACCUAUUUUUGAUAAUAAUUUUUAAAUGCCUGCGUUUUUUAAACGAAAUACAGAUCAAUAAAUCCGAGCUCAGACGCUCAUAAAGUAUUGGAAAGGAAGUCUUAGAGUUGCCUUCCAUCAAUUUCAUUCGUAUCAGUCAGGAUGUGUAGUUUUUGUACCAAUACAAGUAUUGUAUCAUCAAUACUAAUUUAGAUUUACUAUUCAGAAUGUUACUUGCUAGCUAGAAAUUUCUCGAUCUAUUUAAUAAGAUAAAAAAAGAAAAAAAAAUGAAAAGAAAAAUACUGCUUUAUAAUAUGCAAUAAUAAUAAUACAUGAUAAUUCAAAAAAGUUAGUUGAAAAUACUUCUUUAUUUUAUGCAAAUUUUUCAAUUUCAAAUAAAUUUCUCAUUAUUUAGCGAAUAAUUAGGAAACUUGUAGAUUUUUGAAAUAGAUAUUUAAUGACAAAUUUGUUGCCGUUAAGCGUGCAAGGAACGACGUAUUCGUCAAAAUGAGAGAAAGAGAGAGAGAGAGAGAGAGAGAGAGAGAAAGAGAGAAAGACAUUUCUUCGAACGAGAAAAAGAAAAAAAAAAUCUGUAUACAGCGAGAAUGUUCAUGAAAUUGUAUGAUUUGUCGAUCCUUUGAAGCUUCUCCGGAAAGCUUUAAAUUAUAACCAGCUUGCUUUUAUUUAACAAAACGUACGGCCUUUAAUGUUUACGUAAGGAUACUUGCUAUUGUAAGAUCUAUUACGAAUGAAAAAAUCCUCGUAAUGAUAUUAAAGAAUAGAAAAGAAAAGAAAAGGAAAAAAUUAAAAAAAAAGUUAAAAAAAUAAACCGAGAAAGAAAAAGAUUAGGUUCGUCGAAGAAUUUCUCGAACGAAAUGUUACUCGAAAUGAAAAAAAGGAACAUGUUUGAUGGAAAAAAAAACAAAACAAAAAAAUGCAUAUCUUUCCGAAGCGUUUCGAACCAUUUCACUCGAUUGGUUCCGCUCUAGGAUUUGAUACUAAUCACUGUAUACCGAGAUAAUCUGUAUUAUACUAAUCGCUAUCGAAAAAUUACGAGUUUAUAUACCGAGGAUAUCGUUCCGACUUUCAUCGCUAGAAAUAGGGAAACGUAAUAGUGACUAAAAAAAAGAAAAAAAAAAAUUUUUCUAGUAUCAAUACUGCCGUAUCAAAAAAUCUCUUGGUCCAAAAUUACAUCGUAUAUUAUAUAUUAUCAAUUACCUUUACUCGUGAGAAAAAGUGUGUAUCGAUUAUGAAUGAAGAAGAGAAGAAGAAGGAAAGAAACAAAAAAAAGGAGCUAAGAAACUUUAAAUAUGGGUGCAUAUUUUGAGACGUCUUUUAAAAAAAAUAAAAUAAAAAUAAAAAGAAAGUAAGAAGAAGAACACAUCUCACAUCCGUUUCGACGUGACGCAACGAUGUUACGCGAUAUAUUCAUACGAAAAAGAAAAUACCAACAAUAACAUGAUGUAAUAUUAUCGCAUAAACAAAACGUAUGAGGAAUACACACAUCACAUUGUAUAUUUUACGUAAGGCUUUAAAUGUUUAAUCAAAUAACUCUAUUAUAUUAUAAUAUAUCUAUAUAUUUGUAUCGAUGGUUUUUCCCGCCCUAUUUGAUUUUAGAGUUUAGGUCUCUAUGUCACGAGAGAACGUCAAAAUGCAAGUGUUUAGUGGCACACUGAGGAACCCCUCCCGAAUAAAAAGAAAAAAGGACUUAUUUCGAUGAGUAACAAUAAAUUGUAAUAUUGUGAUUGCAAUGUUUGUUGUGAGCGGUGCGAUGAACGUAAUUAGGACAGAACUUAAUGAAUUUCGCGUGUCACGAGUCCUCAGAUUGGGCUAAGCAAAGCAGUAGUAACGUUUCGGAAGCUUUAGAAGCUUCUCGUUAGAUGUCGUUUAUAAUUCUUAUUGAAAAUACGCGCGAAUUAUGAACAAGAUCUAUUCUCCGACUUGUGCUCGAUUAUUUUGUCGACCGAAGGAUGAUAAAAAUUUUCUUUCUCAAUUUUCUUUCUUUUUUCCCUUUUUUUUUUUAAAUUCUUCGGUAUUAUAAUCGAGUGCAAGUUAAUUAGAAUCAACAAUAGAAAGUAGUUGAUUAGAAAUGCAGAGACACGUUUGAAAGCAGAUAACCGAACUGAUUAUUGGUAAUUUGCUUUCAUUUUCAUCGUAGAAUCACUUGUAAAUCCUUUUUUAGACAUUCUUUAAAAAUUUCAUCAUUUCAUUUAUCUAGAUAUUAUUUUUAAUAUAAUUGAUACGUCAGGACGUAUAUAAUAAAAUUUGUUGUUGAGCAUAGUCCUAGGAAAAUCCGUACCAAGGACAUAAAAAUUUGCUAUGCUCUAGUCAUAAUUUGUCCUUUGAAAUUCAGUAUGAAUAAUAAGGGGUUCAUCAGCGAUAGGUCUUAUAUUAUUUAAGAAAAUUUCGUUAAAUAGGGCGCAAUGCGUUAUAUUUUAUCUCAAGAGAGAAAGAGAGGGAGAAAAAAAGAAAGAGAUAGCAACAUCGAAAAGAGAGUGUAGGACCUACGAUUUCGCAAACGUGAUACAUUAUAAUUAUGUGUAAAAUUGUAAAAUUCGUCGCGAUAGUACGGGCAAGAUCAACGUGCUUUCUUUUUUCUUGAGUGAUUAUUAUCCUUUAUCAGCCAUAAUUUCUCUAAACGAUGGAAACGCACUCAGCAAGGGAAACGCGUUUUUCGCCCGUUCGUCGCUAGCUUGAUAUAUAGAUUGUAUUUUUGGCUUAUUAUUGUAAGACUGACUAUGUUGCUAUAUUAAAGAUUGCUUCAAAAAUA